AUGUUUUGCCACCCCCAGUCCAAACAGGUGCAACUGCCGCGGGCCUGGUACCCCCAGCAGUACAAUAACAAGGCCAGCAGAUUCAACAAACCAUCAGUGAGCACCUCAAGUUUCUCAUCACAGAGCCUUUCGCCAAAGACAGCAAAGAUCAUCAUCGGAGUGUUGGGGGCAGUGGCAGGUGCGUCCAUUCUGGGUGUCAUCCUCACCGCGGUUCUCGUCACCCAACUCAACAAGCCAAACACAACGCAAGCUCCUCCAGGGACCACUGUCGACCAGGGCACAGCCACAAGGCCGCCGACGACAGCUGCGGUUACCACAGCCGUCGCCCUCACAACCGCGAGACCUCCUGUUGUCAUGCCGGUUGUUCCCGAUCCAGAUCCUCUCAAUCCUCCUGUUCAGCAAGGUGCAAUGUGGCACAUUUUUGUGGAGAGUUAA